UAUCUUAGUAAGCCGUGUGAUUUUUUCUGGCAAAUCACUGAAGACCGAAGCCAGAAAAAAAUAAUAAUGGCAGAUAAUUGAUUUUAAGACUUCAUAUCGUUCAGAAGAUUUAAGUUAAUACAAAACCCUGCUAUUCUAUCAACUAAGUUUGUAAGAACAAUAAUUAAACAGUGUCCCUAGUUUUGGGUCUGCGUCUCGGCACAAAAUUAUUGCAGUGAAGUUAAGACGGAUACUUCCAAUACGGUAGUGCAAGUAACAACUACGCCAAACGGCCUAAAAUCUCACAGACCUAUUCUAUUUCAUUAGAAACCCGUGAAACGCGGAAUGCCCCAAAGCGUCGCGGAGGUAAUGACGCGAACAAAAGGGACUUUCCAAAUUCAUUUUGAACAUGAGUGUCCAAGUGUUUGUAGUGGAAAGGUUUAGGGUUACAUAUCACUUUCCUGUUGGGUCGUUGGUUUGGGGACAUGAAAACCAAGGCUUUGGACAUGCUACCUGUAAAGGAAUGUAGAAAACUUAACAUGUCAAAAGCAAAUACAGCGCUGCUGUCAGAGGAGUCGAAGUUUUUUUCUAUAUGUAAUUGCACUGGCAGCAGCUCGUCAGCCCUGGUUGUUGACGAAUUUACAGUACCUUGUGAGAAGAGUAAGGAAUUACAUGACUGCAAACAGAUUAUUGAAGGGCUAUUCAAAGUUACAUUUUGCUUGGAACAACAUUUUUCUCGUUUUUCCCUUGAUGGAUCAGACGACAAAUUAUCUCGCGUUUGGGUGCAAUUAAAUGGAGCAAAGGUCGCUGUUGAGAAGGCAAAGGAGUAUAUGAAAGGGUUUUGUGAACCAGAGUUCGAAGAAGAAGAAUCCUAUCCAAGGGAUAUGCAUUGUAUAUUUGUUGGUGCCGACCGACUUUUCCUGGACUGUCUCAUACGGGACACUUGUGCUGAUGUUGCAGUCUCAGAGCUCGGAUCAUUGCACAUCAGAGGGGGGGCUGAGGCAGUUGUUAUGGCAAGAAGUCAGAUUCAGCAGUUUGUGAAACUUUUUAAAAAUAACCAGAGUUUACCAAGUGAAGUAGAAACCUUCAUUAAGAAACAGUUUAAAAUUUUUGUUGAAGAUCAUGCAGACAAGUAUACUAUGGAUUUGUUGCUUUUGCCAAGUUCCCUUAAAAAAGAACUCUUGAACCUUGCCGGUAGGUUUGAGCCCAUUAAAACCGAACAUGAAGUUGUUGACCUUACAGAACCAUGUGACACACAUGUAACUUCAACUACUUCAGUUAAGAUAGAAGCAGUUGAAGUAACUGAGCAUACAUUAGAGCAGACAAGAAAGCAAGCCGGGACACCUGUAACCGAACUUACAAAUCAAAUAGAUUUGAUGCUGUCAGACAUACCAAAAGAAGAAUCUAACCAAGAGGUUGGCUCUAUCCCAUGUCAAGAGUCUUCUGAUAGUCAGGAAAAACUGCCUUGCAAAAGGAGGUAUUCUGGAAGUGAAGGCAGACUUAGAAAGCGACCUUAUUCUGUAGAACAGUCUCAGUGCAGUCCCCUUAAACUUAAUGACAGCACUGACUUAGAGGAUUCUCUUUUGGAACUGGACUGCAGUAGCGAAUCAGACAGUUCAGUUAUAUUUGUGGAGGACUGGGUUGAUGUCAAGCCUGAGAAGGAAUACAAAAUUCUUGUAGAUUUUUUUAAGACUAUGGGUUAUUCUCAGGAUUUGGUGGAACAGGUUAUAAAAAGGGUGGGACAACUUGAAGAACCAUUAUUACUACUUGAACACAUUGAGAAAGAAAGUAAAAAGUGCCAGGGAAGGACUGAGAUUCAUUCUGACAUUUCUGACAGUUUGGAUUAUUCGUCAGAAAUUUACAGUGGUAAUAAAUUGCAGACAAGAGCUGUUGGUGUGAACACUGAAUGCAGAGCAAAAACAAGUACUUUAGCAGCAAAAGAAGAGAUGACAGAUGUAAAAUGUAGUACUUCCAGACCACAAGAAAACAGUUCAAGCGAUGGCACAUGUAAGUCAAGUUCUGCAGCAGUAAGCAAUUCCAUGGGGUCUGCUAUACCAAAAAACAGCAAAACUGUGGUUAAUCUGCAAUGCUCUCCAGUCAUUGAAAUAGAUGACUUAGAGACAGAUGGCGCUUCAUUCCCCUCUUGCACUGCACAAAAUUCAAAGGUAGACUUUAAGGAGAGGACAGAGUUCAUUGCCAGAGGCAGUUCAAGUUCAGCAUGUAGGCAUUCUGACCAGGUUCUUGUGGAGACUGCAGCAGUUGGGCAGAAAUCUGCAGUGCCUGAGAGGGAACACUCUUCUAGACCAACUGAGAAAUACCAGGUUGCAGUUUCAAGGCCAUCUGAUCAACAAAGUAUUGAAGAACAUGAGUUGCUUCACCAAGAACCAAUAAUUUAUUCCAGGCCACCAAUUAAAAGGCCACUUCAAGUACAGGAUUCAGUGAUUACUGGCAGCCAGAGAUUUUUUGAUUUAAUAAAAACUCCAUAUAACCUGAAACUGAGGAAUGAACCUGGGAAACCAUACUUAAAGCACAUAAUUAUAGAUGGCAGCAAUGUUGCUAUGGCUUUUAUUUUACUUUACCGAUUCCACGGUGACAUGGCAGAGCUUACAGAUAACAUAGAACUGGAUUAUAGACCAGAUGGCGUGACUCGACAUGAACAAACUAAUGCAUUAGUGGAAGGAAACAAUGUUACUACAAUGUCUCAAUCCAGUAUUAAGGCAAGUGUUAACGUUUCUCAUUUUAACGGUGAAAGGGGCGAAAGCCUGAAGAUUAAAAUGUUAUCCUGUCUUAAAAACAAUGCUAACUCGUUAAUGCUCUAUGAAGUACAAGCUAAUAAUAAUGAAGAAUUAAAUUUGGAGGUGGCUGAACGAAUGCAUACGGCAUUCCAGAAAUUGGAGGUUGAUAUGUUAAAAUUGAAAUGCCUCUCCACUCAGAGACAGCAUUUUGAAGUGUGUUUAGUGAGAAAUAUAAUACCUAGAGACUUUUUUACACCAGUGGAAGAACAGUUAAUUGAGUCAAUUAUGUCACAACAACAGGAACUUUGCCAGACAUAUCCAGAACUGCCAUUAAAUCAUGCUAUUAAUAAUAUGCUAGAUGGCAUUCUAGUAUAUGAGAGACGCCUUCUGCAGCAAAAAAGAAAUAAGAUGGACAGAGACAUUCGAGAUUUUCGUUCUUCUCAGGUUUUUGCCUGGCCUAGGUUCAUGAAUCCUUUGAGACAAUUUUCAAAUAAUAUUAAUUCCACUGAACCUGUGCAUAUGCAGACUAGUGAAUUGUCACAGCCUCAUCAACAAAUUACUGAGAAUGAUUCUACAUAUACUGAUGUCAUAAGUGAGCCUGAGCGAACUCAAGUUGAAGCUACUAUCCAUACUGUGGCAAUGGACAAAUCCACUGAUGUCCUUCAAGGGUUUACUGUUCUUGCUGAUGUUGUCAUGCAUCACCAGCAUAUCGCACAACGUCAUCAACGUGCAGGGUUCACAGCAGUAGGUAUAAUGACAUACCAUUUGGGCUACUGGUAUUGUGUAGAAAUGCAAGUCUGUGUAGACAGUGUAAUUAUUUAUAUGCUGGCACUGAGCAGUAAAAUAAAGGCUCCUUCUUUUCCUGAAGAGAUUCAAGAUUCUGAAUUUGGACAGGAAGAGCAGCUGUUUUUAACACAGUUGAAAGAGUUGGGUGUCCUCUCCUUUACCCCUGCAAGAACAGUCUGUGGUGAACGAAUUGCAGCUCAUGAUGACAGGUUUUUACUUCAUCUUUCAGAAAAAACUCAAGGGAUUAUCGUAACCAAUGACAAUUUGAAAGAAUUUGUCAUAGAGUCACCUAUAUGGAAACAUAUUAUUAAAACAAGGCUGCUUCAGUUCACUUUUGCUGGUGACAUCUUUAUGCUGCCUGAUGAUCCCCUUGGAAGACAUGGACCUAAUCUGGAACAGUUCCUUUGCAAUGAAGACUAUGCUAGGACUUGUCCACCAACACAUAGUGUUAUGAUGCAUGGAGGAAAUGCACGAUCAGAGAAUCCUACGGCCACUUCAUCAUCUCUGCCACUUUGUACUCCUAAUGCACUGCUAUUGGCAGCAAGCAACCAAUUUGGGAGCCAGUUUUCACAAGUCAGGCCUGAAAUGAGGCAGUUUCCACUACAGUAUCAAGCUGUGGCUCCCACUGCACUACAGCAGCCUCCUCCUCAGAGAUCUGCAAAAGAAACGGAAAUUUUAAAGCAGGCGUUGCUAAGGAUAUUUCCUGAAAACCAACAGAAACAAAAAAUUGACAAAAUUCUAACUUCCAAUCCAUACAUGAGAGAUAUGAAUGCACUUUCUGCCAUGAUCCUUGAUUAGUAAACACAGAAGUCUGUUGAUUUCUUUGUCGCUGAACCAAAAUCAUAUAGUGUACAGACACUGAUUCACUAAUUUAUAGAUUUUAUUUUGGGAAGGACAGGACACUUGCAGCAGCAUAAUAAAUGGGAUUUUUUUCAUUAGAUGUCAGCCCAUCUGGCUUAAUAUUUCUUCCAGUAAUUGAAUGUCCCAUGCCUGUGAAGUAAUCAGUCUUUCUUUGGCACCUGUUGCCAAUACUGCAUAUGCAUGUGAUGUUUAUUUGUAUCAAAACUUGUUUAAGUAAUCUAAGUGUGUGUACCAGUUUUUAAUGGUGUCUAAUUAAUUUGGCUUACUUUCCAGUUGAGCGAAAAGCAAAAUACACAUUUUUCAUAAUAUAAA